AUGGCUCAUCUGGGACAUUUGACAGUGAGGCAGUUUGCAACAUCUUCCUUGAGACACAAACUUGUAAAGGCCCCUGUGCAAGUAUUUGGCAUUGAAGGCCGAUAUGCCACAGCUCUCUACUCUGCUGCAACAAAAGAGAACAAGCUUGAUCUUGUACAGAAAGAUCUUACUGCACUCAAGGUAAAUCCUAUAAUAUCAUUUAACUUGUAUGUAAGAAAAAAAAUUAUUUACUUUCUACCCUGCCAUUUUCCAGCUGCCUUGGUUAGUGUUGCUCAGAAGAUGAAAUACAACAAUCUUGUAGUGAACCUCCUUGGAGCUCUCUCUGAAAACGGACGUAUCCAGAAGCUCUCAGGUGUCAUUAAUGCAUUUGAAACCAUCAUGAGUUCUCACAGAGGUGAAGUGCCCUGCACUGUUACCACAGCUAAGCAACUUGAUGCUGCAACUCUGAAGGAACUUCAAGCAGCUUUACAGUUGUUUCUUAACAAAAAGGAGAAACUUAUUCUGGAAACAAAGGUGGAUCCAACAAUCAUUGGAGGAAUGUUGGUAAACAUCGGUGACAAAUUUGUUGACAUGUCUAUGUCCACCAAAAUUAGGACUUACACAAACUUAAUCAAGCAAGCAGUAUAAUCUUGGGAUACAAACAUUAGUCCUGUCAAAAUAUGUUGCUGUGUCUCAGCAGUUUGUCAUUUCGUAGGGUUUCUAUUCUUAUGAACCUGUAAAACAACUCAUUAGAAUUAAAAGUUUUAACCUGGAAA